ACGAACCCUGGUGUCGGCUGAACCAUCUAUCGUUGCACGGAUAGACACCAGCCAUUCACCCCGCGUCUUCCUAUCCAUUGACCUAACACGUCAGUAAUUAUAUUCAACAUGGACGUCGAAAUGGGAGACGUCGCCUACGACAUUGACAUCGAUGUCGGGGCAGGCGUUCAGACCUCAGUCGCACAAGCACCUGAACCAACCACACAAGGCGAAUCGGUCCCAGCAGCAUACUUCGAGGAUCUUCAGCCCCAGAAGCCAUGGCCCGAGUAUCUGAACCUGCAGGGCGUGAGCACUUUCGACCCGAAUGACCCUCUCUACUACACCAUGGAGGUCCUCGGCGCCGAACCGCGUGUCAAGCAGCUGCGUUGGGUCAACGACAACUCGGUGAACCUCGAGUUCUACAGCGCCGAAGACGCUGCCACCGCGCUGACCGCCCUCACCCAUCCCGACACGAACCCCAAUUCGAUCGCUUCGCAAACGUCUCGGCCAGCAAAGCCAUACUCGAAGAAGCCUGACAGCGCACUGGUGGUACGAGAGUCGAAUGCCGGCGACCAGAAGCCGAAGGGCGCAGCCAACCGCAGCAACUACUAUCAGCGCAACCCAGACGUCAGGGACAACAAGCAGAGGGAGCCACGGCGCCGACAGCCGCCGAAGAGAGACUUGCUUGACUACGGCGACGAAGAACAUGGCUCGAGGAGUCGAAGGAGGAGAAGCCGCAGCGGAGACAUGUCAAUGGACGAGGAUUCCGGGGUUGAGAGGCGGAGAAACAAUUACCCCCGCAACGACAGAAACGGCCGCGACCGCCGCGACGGGCGAGACAACCGUGACGGGCGAGACAGAAGACCCAGAGACUCUGGGAGAGACUCCGGCAGGCUCAAUGCCGAUGUCGACUCUUACAGGCCUGGCGGUGAUGGUGAAUCGCGGCAUGGCCGCCUCCGAGGCCGCAGCGCAUCCCCUGCGUCGAACGACGAGGGCGACGGUCGGUUCGGGUUCGCAGAAGAUAGCAGCAACGUGCGCACCCGCUACCGCAGCCGGAGCCGCAGCCGCGACACGCGCCGCCGCCGUGAGCCCAGCGCUGAACGAUGGACCCACGACCGCGCCAACUACGGAGACCGAGGCUCAAAGUCAGACGGUCGCUGGCAGAAAGACAUGUUCGCUGUCGAGACAUCACCGAUGGGCAACCACCGCCGGUCAGACGCUGGGUCGGGUGGCUCCCUACUCUCCCGCAUGACCAAGGACGGACGGCCAGUCAACUCGCUGGCCAGCCGGAUCACACGCGACGACGACGAGCCCAGGCCGCGUUCGCUGGCGAGCCGCAUGACACGCAACGGGGAGGACGACGGGUAUGGGCGGUUGAAGGGCGACGACAGCAUACCCAGAGACUACGAGUUCGACGAGCCCAAGCCCCGGCGCGGACUGGCUGACCGGAUCUCGAGAGAGGCCGAGGGCAUCAACAUCCGCGGCCAGGGCUCGAAUGGCGGAGCAGGCAUCAACAUUCGCGGUGUCGCAAACACCUCCUAGGUGGGGGGUAGGAUUGGAUAUGACGAUGCUGGUAGGACGUAGAAAAGGUCUGCUCAAACGCUGAAGGCCAGUGUUGUGCGCACCUAGAUUGGAAAGGCGGGACACCAUACUGUUGCCUGCUUGAAUGAAAGCACAGACAUUUCUGCUCAGCCAAACUGCUCUGACGCGUGACUGCCCCACUCCCUCUUUCACGGUGUCGCAAACGGUCCUGUGGCGGCUGGAACCGCACCGCAGCCACCAUGCGCGGGUACAUAAACGCUGCAGUCCGAUGUUUCUGCCAGAAGUUCAUACAAUCCUCAUCGGUCUCCGUGGCGCAAUGGUAGCGCGUUGGACUUCUACCACCUCUGAGCGGUCAUCCAAAGGCUGCGGGUUCGAGCCCCGCCGGAGAUGCUUCUUUUUGCUUUUAUUUUGGAUCUAUUUUGCUUUUAUGCUUGGCCGGAAAGGAGCGCCA